UAUCAUUCCGCGUGUUAGUGAAUAGACCCAGAUGUUGGCCCCCUUCUCGAGGCCACCACGCGCUUUUUUCCCUGCUCAGCAUGGAGUCCGGAAAAAAACAGAGAACCUGAUUUACGAAGAAAAAGCCAAAGUAUCCAACAUUUUUUAUCACUCCUAUAAAGUCUACACACAGCCGUCCGGAACGAAUGAGUAGGAAGGGAGAACUAGAAACGCGACAAUCCGGUGGAAGUAGCGCGUGUCCCAUGUUGGGUCUAAGUUGGAAGUUGCUGGGUAUAGACACGCUCCCUAGCAUUGCUCUUUCUGUCCUUCUGACUCUCUUAACAGGAACGUAAGGAACGGUGAUUUCUCUUAAUAGCAAUCUGGCAGAGGCUGCGUUUUGGCUACCGAGUAGUCGUUUCUUAAAAGGAAUGUUUGGACUGUUUCCUCAGGAAAAACGGUUUAAUUGGUUGUCUAUUUGCGUUAACGAGAAUUUAGUCAUCGAUUUCAAUAGGAUACUUAGACUUGACUCAGCUAUGCGCCUUCUUCCAUAGCAGUUGCUUAUGUUAUCAGGGUAGUAGACAAGUAUGCUGCGAGAUACCAGGAAAAUGUUACUGGGUUCCCUCAAAGUAUGUGUUUACAGCAAGUGUAUUUACUGCAGAAAACCAAGAGUUCUAGCUAUAAAAUGCUUCAAAGGCUCUUUGAAUCUUCAAAGGAAGUACAGCUAUCCAGCAGGAGAUGUAAAAUCUUUGCGCUCUAUUAUUACUCCACCAAUCUCAAAAAUCCGCAACAUUGGUAUCAUGGCUCACAUAGAUGCAGGAAAAACAACUACCACAGAGAGGAUGCUGUAUUAUUCUGGGUACACAAGACACCUUGGAGACGUUGAUGAUGGGGACACAGUAACAGAUUUCAUGGUACAGGAGCGAGAACGUGGCAUUACCAUUCAAUCUGCUGCUGUAACUUUUGACUGGAAGGGCUAUAGAAUCAACCUGAUAGACACACCGGGUCACGUGGACUUUACAGUGGAGGUGGAACGUUCCCUGAGAGUACUGGAUGGGGCAGUGGCUGUAUUUGAUGCCUCAGCUGGUGUUGAGGCUCAGUCUCUGACAGUGUGGAGACAAGCAGACAAACACCACAUACCACGAAUUUGCUUCUUAAAUAAGAUGGACAAAAAUGGAGCAAGUUUCACCCAUGCAGUUGAGAGUAUCAGGCAGAAAUUGAAGGCUAGCCCUCUGCUUUUACAGUUGCCAAUUGGAGAGGCAAAGACCUUUAGAGGAAUAGUUGAUGUGGUGACCAUGGACCAAGUUACUUGGGAAGCUGCAACUGGAUUGGAUGAUGGAAAGAUUUUUAAGCGGAAACCCUUGAAAGAAACUGAUGAUCCUGACUUGCUAAGGGAUGCCAGGGAUGCAAGAAAUUCCUUAAUAGAACAAGUGGCAGAUCUGGAUGACGAAUUUGCUGAGCUGGUCCUUGGGGACUUCAGUGAAAGUUUUGAUUCAUUACCAGCCGAUAAGUUGCAUUCUGCUGUGCGAAGAGUAACUCUAGCCCAGAAAGCAGUACCUGUGUUCUGUGGAAGCGCACUGAAAAAUAAAGGUGUUCAGCCAUUACUGGAUGCAAUCACCUGGUAUCUGCCUGCACCAGAUGAAUGCAGCUAUGACUUCCUGCAGUGGUAUAAAGAUGACUUGUGCGCUCUAGCGUUUAAAGUUCUCCAUGACAAACAACGUGGGCCAUUGGUCUUCUUGCGUGUUUACUCUGGCACAAUGAAGCCUCAGUCAGCUGUCUAUAACAUUAACAAAAACUGCACGGAGAGAAUGAGUCGCCUGCUUCUGCCUUUUGCUGAUCAGCAAAUAGAAAUCUCUUCACUAACGGCUGGCAAUAUCGGCCUCACUGUUGGACUGAAACAGAGUGCCACUGGCGACACCAUUGUCUCAUCAAAGGCUUCUGCAGUGGCUGCAGCUCGACAAGCUGGAAGAAAUGUGGGGUCAAAGCAUGGUCAAACCAGUGAAGCAGAGAAUCUUCUCUUGGCCGGCGUUGAGAUUCCAGAUCCAGUCUUCUUUUGUACAAUAGAGCCACCUUCCAUGGCCAGGCAACCAGAUCUGGAUAAUGCCUUGACUUGUCUGCAGCGUGAGGAUCCAAGUCUGAAAGUUAAGACAGAUGCAGACACUGGGCAAACUAUCCUUUGUGGCAUGGGAGAGCUGCACAUUGAGAUCAUUCAUGAUCGAAUCAAAUGUGAAUAUGGACUUGAGACCUAUCUUGGACCUCUUCAAGUAGCUUACCGAGAAACAAUCCAAAACUCUGCUCAAGCUAUAGAUACUCUGGACAGAAUGCUAGGAGAAAAACGACAUCAGGUGACUGUAGAAUUGGAGGUGAGACCAUGGGUGGGAGAAACAUCAGCAACAGCACCAGUCAUUGAAUAUGCCGAGAAUAUCUAUGACUCGCUUCAGCCAGACCUUCAGGAAGCUAUAGCAAAUGGAAUCCGUAUCUCGUACCUUCAAGGACCACUUCUGGGAUUUCCAGUUCAAGAUGUAGUAGUGACAGUGCAUGCAGUGGCUGUAAACUCUGAUACGUCUCUGACAAUGGUUUCUGCUUGUGUUUCUCGUUGCAUGCAAAAGGCUCUAAAAAAAGCUGAUAAACAAUUGCUGGAGCCUUUCAUGAACCUGGAGAUAACAGUGGGUGAAAAUCAUCUUGGUAUAGUACUUGGUGACCUUGCACAGAGAAGAGGCAGCAUUCAGGAAAUUCAGAGUCGCCACGAUAACAAAGUUGUAAUUGCAUCUGUUCCACUAGCAGAAAUGAUGGGUUAUUCAACAGCUUUGCGCUCCUUGACAUCUGGGUCUGCUACGUUUACUUUGGAACUGGCAAACUAUCAAGCAAUGAACCUUCCUGAGCAAACAGCUCUGCUUAGGAAGAUGACUGGUUUGGCAUAAUAUGAAGAUAGAUGAACAAGGACUUGCUCUGGUCUCUUUGAGGAAGCAGUAGAUCUUUGUUGAUUUGCUACUGUCAGAGUACAUAGCUUCAACUUAACAUACAUUCAAUGAGAUUAAAUAACUAUCUUGUAAAAUACUUUCUGUCUACAAACUUUGUUUUGUGAUUUGAACAAGGUACUCCACUGAAGUAAUAAAACUGGAAACUCAACUGUUUACCUCUUCUAGGCU